AUGCUCCGUGCCCAAGGCGACGAUCUUGAACCAUUUGAUUCGGAGAUAGAACGUACCUUCAGACGAAGACGCAAGGAAUACAAACAAAAACAGCAACAUCAAAUGGCUGACAAUCAACAAAUCCAUAUCCCUAUUCAGUCGAUUGGGCAAAUGGCCGCAAGAGUGGUGGCACCACCGGAACAACAGCAUGAACGAAGGGAAAUAAAUGAAAGUGAUUUGCCAGUAUCAAUGUUCCUGACACCUAUUGCAGCACCCAUGCGCUCCAGUGUCGUAUAUCCAGAUUUUAGGGUGAAUAACUUUCAGAUCAGGCCAAAUUGGAUUAACUUGAUGAGCAACACCUUGCAAUUCUACGGGCUACCUCAAGAGAAUCCAAACACGUAUAUUUCUAGAUUUCUCAGAAACUGUCAGAACUUUCAUGCUCCGGGAGUCAAUGAAGAUGCUAUUAAAUUACGACUAUUCCCAUUUACAUUGAGAGAUGCUGCAUUGGAGUGGUUAGAUGCUGAGCCUCACGCUAGCAUUACUACAUGGGAAGAACUAAUCAGGAAGUUCUGUAAUAAAAUUUUCCCACCAGCGAGGGUAGCUAAAAUCAGAUUAGAAAUUCAGACUUUUCAACAGAAAGAGGGAGAAAGCUAUCACGAAGCAUGGAAUAGGUUUAAUGAGUUGAUGAGAAAAUGCCCAAACCAUGGAAUUACUAUAGGUAAUCAAGUCCAGUACUUCUACACUGGACUUACACCACUGUCAAAAUCUCAAGUCGAUGCCUCAGCUGGAGGAUCAAUUAUAGGAAAAUCUGUGCAGCAAACCAUGGAACUGUUUGAGUUGAUUGCCACUACACAUUCCAUGUUCUCAUCGGAAAGAGUGGCGCCACCGAAGACAGGAGGAAUGUAUGAGUUAGACAGCGCAGCAGCUACCAACGCCCAAAUAGUGGCAUUGACAAAACAAGUGGAGUUAUUGGUGAAAUCACAAACGAAAGGAACACAUGCAGUGACAGCUGGUCCAUCAUGCGAGAACUGUGGGGCUAAUCAUCGGACAGAAAACUGCACAUCUAUAGGCUAUCCCGACGAGCAGGUCAAUUUUAUUCAGAAUGGGUCUCGAAAUCUUAAUCUAUUUGCUCAAACAUACAACCCAGGAUGGAGACAGCACCCAAAUUUCAGAUGGUCAGAUAAUCAACAAGGGAACAGUUCAAAUAAUGCCCAACAAGAGAAAAAACCAAGUUUGGGGGAGAUGUUCAACCAGUAUAUGCAGAAGACUGACAAGGUGUUUCAGCAGAUUGACACUAAUUUUCAGAAUCAGCAAGCACCAAUCAAGAAGUUGGAAACACAAAUUGGUCAAAUAGCUCAACAGCUUGCAGAACGCCCACAAGGGACAUUGCCAGGAAAUACAAUGGUCAAUCCAAAAGAGCAAGUGCAAGCUAUAACUACCAGGAGUGGGGUGCAACUUCCAGAAAUUCAUGUGAAGAGACCUGAGCGAAAAGAAAAGGAAAAAAUGGGUGAAGAGGCUGGGAAAGAAAUAGAGUUUGAACAACCAACUGACAAGGAAAACGAAAGGAAGGAAACACCUGCAGUGAGAGCACCCAGCCCCGUGAAGGCUUAUGUGCCACCAAUUCCAUUCCCUCAAAGGUUACAAAGAAAGAAGUUGAAUAAUCAGUUUGCCAAGUUUGUGGAGAUUUUCAAGAAAUUGCACAUCAAUAUUCCUUUUGCAGACGCAAUUGCCCAAAUGCCCAGCUAUGCAAAAUUCUUGAAAGAGAUCCUAUCUAACAAAAGGAAGUUGGAAGAACAUGAGAUAGUAUGCUUGAACGAGGAGUGCAGUGCCAGUGUUAAUUUGAUGCCUCUCUGUUUACAGGUCUCUUGGAUUAGGAGAAGCAAAACCUACAACAAUCUCGUUGCAACUCGCAGACAGAUCGAUCAAACGACCAAAGGGAAUUAUUGA